AAAAUAUUAAUAGCAAAUUGAGGAAAAAAUUAUAAAAUGUAAGCAUCAACCAGCAAAACAUUCAAAAAUUUUAAAAAUAUUUGCGAUAAAAUCCAAAAAUAUUUUUAAAAAAAUGUAGAAAAAAAAUAUCCAAAAUUUACUCACAAACACAAAUAAAAGAAAUGAGAGCAAUAACUAAUAAUUUUACAGUGUCGGCAACCAAUACAUUCAAAUUAACAUCAUUUGCACAUUUUUACGCUCUCAGUUUACUCGAAUUUGUCAAAUAAGAAGGAAGCAAAAUCAUUUUAAGUCUUUAAAAACUUUUUAUUUAAAAAUCUUUGAAUUCAUUUUUUGUUACUCGUGUGUAAAGUUUAAUGAAGAAAGUCGAAAACUUUGAAGAUUAUUAAUGCAAGUAUCUGAAUGUGAACUUUUCGGUGCAAAGAACAAAAAUAAAAAUAUAGAAAAUUAAAAAGUAUAAAAAAAUGUUGAAGAAUGAAGUAAAGUCAAGGAAGUUUUGUGACACUGAUGACUAUAUAACAAUGGAAUAUUUAUUAAAACGCGAAGGCUCUCGAUUAAAUGAUAGUCAUAUUCCUAUCAUUAGGAGACUGAUAACAAUUGGUCGUUCACCAAACUGCACAAUCACAUUGAAAAGCAUAAGAGUGUCGCGAAUGCAGUGUGAAAUUAUUUAUAGAGAUGAAAAUAUUUUUUUGAGGGAUACACAGUCGUCAAAUGGAACCUUUGUGAAUAAUGAAAAAUUAACAAAUGAAAUGAGAAAAUUGGAAAUUGGAGAUUUUAUUGGUUUCGGUGUAAAUCCAUAUCCAAAGCGUAUCUAUGACUCCAAUCAAUUUGUGUUUUCACUACAAAGAUACCAAAGUGAACAAAGUGUUGAAAUUGCUGAUGAUGACAAUGCCGAUGGGAAGCUGUCAGUUGAAAAUAUUGACCAUACUUACAAUCUAGAUCCAGUCGACAAUUUGACUUUAAAAACUACAAAUUCUGAUGACUUUAUGAUGCAAUAUGAGUUUGGCUUUUUUGACGAUGAUGCUAAACCACAAUCUAGAAAAAUGCUUAUAAAUUGUGAUUAUAAGUACGAAAAACCGACUCGAGAUUCACUUUUAAACUUAUUUAGCGAAAGUGAUAACACAAAUUAUCAUGAAGCUUUAAGGUUACGUGAUUACACGUCACAAUACGAGAAUAAAGGCUUAUCAGUGGAGAGCUGUGAGACUGUGGGAAUCACUUCAUGUGAUAUUACAGAAGAGACUGAAAAUUCUGCAAAAAGAGACGAGAUUUUAUUUAUUAUUGAAGAUUUUAAAGACUUAAAAGCAAAUUCAAGAAGUUUGAGUGAAAAUUUGAAUGCUGUUUCCGAAAAUCCUUUAAAUUAUUUAAAAGCACGUUCCUUCAGCACUUCAGCGCCAAAAGCUGAAUCAGCAUUAAAAAAAGGAUACAGCUCAUCACCAAAAACAAACAAAACGACAAUAACGCUUCGUGAACUGCUUGAAAGACCUGCAAAACUAGAAGAAACCAAAAUGCAAUCUUUACAAAACUCUGCAAAUCAAGGUUUAAAUGCAAAAUCUAGUAAUUCCGUAUCAACUCUCCUUACCAAAAAUUCAACAAACUUACGAAACAAAAGACCUGAAACAAUAACAUCUCAAUCUUGUGCUGAUAUUCCUUAUAAUUUAGUGGACAUCGCGUCAACUCCUAUAGAUGUUUAUGGAACUUUUGAGUCUGUUAUUAAAAAUAACAGCAUUGCUCUUAAUUAUUAUGAUAAUUUGACUGAUAAUGAUGAUGAAAGUGAAAAAAUUAGCAAAAUAAUUACUGAAAAUAGGAAUAUUGUUGAAAAACUUAAUUCAGCUAAUAAAAGUAGUUUUGAUAUUAAGGCAUAUGAAGCUAAUCAACUUCAGGUUAUUAAUGUAGAAUCAAAAGAGCAGAGCAAAACAGCUUGUAUCAAAAAAUCAACGAAAAACGAACAAAUAAGUCAAUUAUUGACAUUAGAAUCUAAAAAUAGGAAACUAAGUAAAGUUUUGGAUCCAAAAAAUCAAGCAACUGAAAGUUUAAAUAAGGCAAAGUUGAAUAAAACUAUCAAAUUCAAUAAAAGUAAAACAAGGACCCAUAAAGCUAUACAAAGUGUCAUGGAAUUGGCUGAGAGAAUCAAAUCAAAUAAGCAUCGUAAGACUCAAGCAGAUAUGAGAAAUUUAAUAAGUUCAGAACAAAAGCUUUCCUCAAUCUACAAACCAGCUGAAUUAUCAACAGAACUUUCACCUGAUGUUAAGCAUAAACGUCUUAAUUCUGAAUCAGAAACAAGAAAUAAAAAGCUGUCAAGCACAGAAAUGCUUCAGAAUUUACUUUUAAAAUCAUCUACAGUGGAUGCUUCAAAUCAAGAAAGUUCAAGUCAUGUUCAGUCUAGAGAAGAUAUCAGAAAUUCAUCUCUGCUAGCAGGUCAAUCAACACGCCAUGAUAAAGGCUCUAAAGCUGUUAAAAAUGAACAAACAAUGCAACAGAAACCAGUUGUAAAACAGCAAAGCUUUACUUAUUCACAAAUUCAACAUAAUUCACUUCCAACACACCAAGUAAAUCCAAAUAAAUCAUCAUAUCAGCAGCCACAUCUCCAAAAUUUAUCACAAGUCCAAAAAAUUGGCCCUACCAGCUCUCAAAAUGUAAGCAUGACAUCAACUUCAAAGAAAAAUGAUCAUGUUAUUCAACCAAAAACUUUAAAACAUGUUAAGCACACCAGCAAGCCAUUUCGAGUUCGUCGAACAGAUGCUGAAAUUGAUAGAGAUUUGGAAUUGUAUAGCAAAAAGUUAGCAAAUUCUUCAAAUCAACUCAAUAGUAAAAGUGCGUCCCACAAAGUUGAGAAACUGGUUCCAAAAAAUGAGGUGAUAAGCAUAAAAAAGUUAGGAACAAUCGCUGAUGACUCAGUUAUCUUAAACGUGAAUAAAACUCAAAAUAUUGACAAAGCUACUCAACCACGUUCAGCACCACAUUCGAGUUCUCAAAAAGCUCCUGAAAUAGCCUCAAAUCCUGAUCAAAAGUCAAGAAAAGAUUCACAAUCUUCAAGUGAGCAAAACACAAUUAAAAAGAGCAAAUUGUCACCAUCAGAUAUUGUUGGAAUUAAAGAAAUUUGCUUAAAGGCAGUUGAAGAAAUUAAGAAAAAGGAUCAGGAAGUGGCACAAGAAUUUGAACGAGAAAUAACAAAAGUGUUAAAGAUUGUGUCUUUGUCUGAUGAAGAUGAGAUUCUUGAUGAAAAAUCUGGUGUGUUUGUGAAAAAGGAAUGUGUUAAAAAAUCAGUGGAACCUCAAAACUUAGUGGGAAAUAUUGACAAAUUGAGCGAAAGUCUAGCUGAGAAUAAAGAGCUUUACUCAAUUCACUCAAACUUGAAAGAUCAAAAUGUACAAGGUGUGGAAGUUCAAAAUGAUGCGGAAACAAUUAUACCUAUAACAACAGCAGCACGAUCAGAAAUUACUUUCAAUCCGAUAGUUUCGAGUCUAAAUAUUCAAUCAGGCCCAUCAUUUGAUACAAAUGGACACAAAGGAGCAAGUAAUAUCCCAAAAACUUUAACAAUUACUGAAAAUUCAAUCACAAUGGCACCAACAUUAAUAACAACAGUUCCAGUUUUCCUGGGUACCACAAAUAUUCCUCAAAAUAAUUCAUACGGCACAACAUCGUCUUUUACUCCAGUUUUUCCAGCUCCUGUUCCUUUUCGUCCAGUCAAUCAAACUUCAAUUUCGAUUACUCACCCAAAUAUAAAUCCAGUGAUUCAGCAUGGAUAUUCUCCUACUGAUGUGAUUUAUAAUCAAAGAUCAAUCACAAAUUUUUCUGCAACUCCUGAAAACUAUUCUCAAAACUCAACAAGUUGUGCUCAAAGUUUAGUAAAUCUUGCUCGUCAAACAGAAUAUUAUGCUCAAAAGUCAAUAAACUAUUCUCAAGUUCCUGUAAAUUUUACAUACACUCAACCAAGCAAUUCAAGUUUUAAUGCUGCAAAUACGAGCCUACUUUUAACAAAACCUUCAUCAGUUAUAAGUCAUAAUCCACAAACCUCAAACUUUUAUUCUCAAAAUUUAAAUCAAGUUCAUCUAAAUCCAUUCAAUUAUGUUCGAGUUGUACCAGCACCUCCAACAGUUUACUUAGCCAAUCAAGUUCCACCUUCAGACCAAGAAAUUCAGCCUAAUUCAAAUAAAAAAUCUUAUAUUGAGGAUCAUAGCCAUGAUUCAACAGAAGAAGUGACAAUUUUGAAUCUCGAACCAGCAAGGCGAACAUUAAGCAUUUCAAACUUACUAGAAGCCUCAAAAAUGAUUGCAAUGAAUAAUAAUGAUGACUCAGACGAUUUAUAUUCAACGAGUAUGAAUGACUUAUUUUUUCCACAAAAUGUUGAUGACGAUAGCCCUCAAAAUACUCAGUUUUCAUCAUUAUGUUUACAAAGUAAUUUAUUGACUGAAAAGUCUCAAGAAUGUUCUGUAAAUGAUUCAAAAACUGGGCAAGAUAUUAAAAAUAAAUUAGGGCAUUCUGAAAGUUUCAAAAAUGACUCAACUAUAGCUAUUGAAACCAAUCCGGGGAUAGAAAUCAGCAAAAAAGACGAAAUAAAUGACCUUAUUAAUGGUUCAAUUGACACUACAAAUUGCAAUAGUGCUGCUUUAGAUGAUGAUAUUGAUGAUGAAGAUGAGCUUCAAGAUGAGGCAACAGAAACCGCAGAUCGACCCGAAAUCAGAAAACCAUUUUUAACUGAUGAUGAUAAUAUGAAAUUUACAACAACAGACCAAUUGUUUGAUAAUAUCCAAAAUUCACAAAAAACCCAAAAUAACAACAAAAUUACACUAAAGCAAAAGAAUGACAAGCCAUCGAAUGAAAUUAAUGCUGACGAAAAUCUACAUGUACAUGAUGUUGAGCCCAUCGUGGAAGUUGAUGAAGAUGUUCAAUCAUUUGACGAUUCUGAAAGUGUGUUAAACAAAACAAACAAAAAAGAUAGUGGAAAUGAAGCACUUGUUGAAGAAAAUGAAAAUACAACAAAUAUUGAGCAAAAAUCAUUUCCACAAGCAUUGGAUUCACUUACAUCGCAAAUAUCAGCUUCUUCUUUAAAUUUACAAAAUAUUCACAACAAUAAAAGUCAAAUAUCUGCAGCUGAGUCUGUCGCAGAAACAGAUUUGGAUUGGCUUGAAGUUUCCAGCUUUGGGUCUAUUAAUGACCAAGAAGAGUCUUCAAAGAAUUGUCACAAUACUUUCAAAAGUCCAGAGCCAUGGACUCAAAAAAGUUCGCCAGAAUCUUCAAGACUAUCAAGAAACAAAGCUACAAAAUCAAAUGUAAAUUCCAGUAGUUUUCAGUUGUUAAUUUUAAAUUCAACAGUUCGACGAUCUAAAAGAAAACGGAAGCCUUCGAAAAAGAUGAUGGAAAGACUGACUGAAAAUGAAAAUAAAUCGGUUGAAUCAAUAAAUAAGUUGGAUGAUAAAAAGGACAACAACUCAAAAUCUGAAGCAGCAGCAGCAAUAAAUCUUAAAGCUAAAACUAAUGAACAAAUUGAAGAAACAGUUAAACCUUACAAAUCAGCUCAAAAAUCUUCAAAAUCAACUAAACAAGGAAAGACAAAAAUGACUCAAAAGUUAGCGGUUCAUUUAAAAAGGACUGAACAAAAUCCAAAAUCUUCACAAAAAAACAUAAAAUCAUCCAUAAUGCAAGAAAAAUCAGUAAAAACUUUUGAAUCUCCAAGAAGGUCAUUGAGAAACCACUUAAAUGUGGAAGAUAAAACAGCAUCAAAGGCAAAUCAAUUUCAAACAACUUUGAUUCAUUCAAAACUAAAUGAAUCUUUUGAAGCUAGAACUUCUGAAAUUUCUAAAGCUGAUUCUAAAAACUCCAUAAAAACGAUUGCUACAGACAACAAAGAACACCGACUGAGAAGUGCUGGGAAAAUAAGUGAAGAUUCUUUAAUUUCUGUGGUCGGUAAAACAAAUAAAAAUGAUGAAUUUGAAAAAAGUCCAGAAAGUUGUGUGCCUCAAUCAAAUCUUCUCAAUUCGUUGCUUUUAAAUUCUCUUGAUAUAUUGUCUAAUGAACUUUUAGAAAAUCGUAAAAAAAUUAACACUGUAAAAGAGUUUUUAAUUACCAGCAGUAACAACAUGGAAGAUCAGAGCCAUCAAAAAUCGACAAAAAUUCUUCAAAAUUCUGCACAUUUAAAACCAAAUAUUUUACAAAAUAAAGUCAAAAAUCUUUUAAACUCCAGAAGUUCAAGAGACUUACAAAGUUGCAUUAAAACUAGAAGUUCUGAGCGUCUGACAACCCCAAGAACCAGAAGUUUUGAACCUAUUUCCACAAAUAUUUCCAAGAUUUUGCACAAAAGACAACAAUCUGAAAGUUCAGCACAAAGCGAACCUGUAAAACCUACAGCAAUUGACAAGUUAAAGAAGAACAGCAAAAUAUGCGCAGAACAAUCACCGAAAGUAAACAACCCAGCUUCAAUUGAAGAUCAAACUCAAGCAACACUUUACAAAACUUCAAAAAUUGAUGAAAAAUUCAACGAUCAAAAUGUGGUAAAAAUACCUUUAAACGAUACAGCACAGCCAACAACAGAUGAAUACAAACUUAGCAAAAGAGUUUUAAGAAGUCGUUCAAAAAGUGUCGAUACUUUAAAAGAUUCUUUGGCAGUAAUAAAGAUCACAAAAUCUCGAGUUUCUACUUCAAAUACAUCUGACAUCGAUCAUGAAGAACCAGCUAAUGGUAACGAUGACAAACUACUAAAUAUAAAAGAAAACAGUGCAAAGAAUGCAAUAGCUAAAUUUACGUCCAAGCAAUUAAAGCCAGCUAAUCAAGACAAAUUGUCAAAAGUAAAUUUUCCAAAGAAAAAUAAAGAAAUUCUCGUCACUGAUGAGCCAGUCAGAAAUUUAAGAAAUCGUUAUGUUCCUAUUAAUUCAUCUCAUUAUGCAGAAUCAAAUAAAAAUUCUGAACCAGCACCAUCAUUGCCUAAGUUUUCAAGUAGCAACAAUCAAGGAGAAUCAGCUAGUCGAUCUAAAAGUGUCGAUCCACCAAGUCAAAGUUCGAGCAAUGAUCUAAAUAUUACUUUUACAUCAAUUACUGCAGCUUCAACACCUUUGAAAGACAAAGAUGAAGAGAAGAGUGUUAGGUCUUUAAGGAGCCGACUUGUGUUUCAGGUUGAAGCUACAAAUCUUUUGAACCCGGAAACAGAAAAAUUAACAAAAACAAAACAAAUUAAAAUAGAUUUGCCAAGUGAAACAAAAGUAAAAGAUGGUCAGAAUCACAGCACAACUCAAGACUCUAAAGCUCAGUGUCUAGAAAUAAACAUUCCAAAACAAUCUAAUUUGGAAUCAUCAAAUCAGUUGAAGACGUCCUUUGUUGAAGAUUCAAAAUUAUCAAGUUCAACCUUUAUUAAUUUCUCAGCAUCUCCGGUACAACCAUCAAAACCAAGCUUUAGUUCAGUAUUUUUGCCUCGAUCUGUUAAAACCUACACAAAAGCUGAAAAUUUACCAUCAAAUCAAGUUUCAGAGGAAUCAAUUGUUCGAAGGCUUCGAGAACGUCCGAAAACAUCUCAAAGUCCCAAUAAAAGCUUAACGGAGCAAGAACAUUCAAAUAUUAAAGAAUCUACUAAAAUUCUGAAGAAAAAGGACCUAGACAAUGCUCAACAAGCUUUAAAUGAUUUCGGCGAACAUUCCAAUGAAGCAAAAAAGCAACGACUAGAAAAUGCAAUAAUAAACAAACUUUUGACAAUAAAUCUGACAAGUUUAAGAAGUCGCAAGAAGAGCACUGAUUUAUCUAAAUCUUCAGAACCAAUCAAAGCACAAAAACUUGAAGAACCUUUAACACAUCAGCCAUCAAAACAUAAUUCAUUGAUUAAAAGAAGUCUAACAGGUGAUAAUUUAGAUUUACUUAAGAAAUUAUCAAUCAGAUCCAGAAAACAUGAAAGUAUCAACAUCAAUAAACCAACUCAACCUGUUAAAUCAAUAAGAGAGCAACUUUUGGAAAGUCAAAGAAGAUCACGAAGUGCUGAAAGUUCAAAGGAAAUUCAUUGUAAAGUGUCAAGUGAGAAUGAAACCUCAAAAGACAAAGAAGCUUUUAAAUCACAUGAAUAUUCAAGUGAUUGUAAUCAGCCUUCUCUUAAUAAACCUGAAUUAACUUUACAACCUUUAGUGACAAAUGAGACUAAAAAUAAUGAAGGUACAGUUGAAACUACCAUUCACACUAGUGAACCUGAAAUUACUGAUCAACAGAAUAUCGAAGAGUUUGAAAAUAACGACAAUCAGGCAAUUGAGAAAACUUUGGAAAUAAAGGUUCCAGAUCACAAAAUCAAAUCAAGAUCUAUAAAUAUCCCUUCUAUAAGUAUGAGUAGACAUCAAACUCGAUUAAUCACCAAUAUUAUUGAAUAUGAAACUCAAAAUGAAUUAGACAACAAAAUCAAUUCUUCCACAUCUGAACAUUUUAAAGGUUUUAAACCGUAUGAACCUGAAAGUUCUGUUUUGUCUGAUAAAACAAUUUCAAAGACAGUUUUAAAACAGACAUUAGAUUUGAAUAUCGUCAGUGAACCUUUAGUAGAAAAUUCAAAUAACCAAGAAGUUACAUUUAAUCGAGAAUCUACUUCAGAUCCUAUAGAAUCUACUCAACUACUCAAAGCUAGCGAUGAAAUCAAAGAAUGUUUUGUUAAUCUCCAAAGAUUAACAUCGCAUGAUAUUACUAAAUUUACUAAAAGAUCAAGAAGCCUGAGCAUUUCAACUAGAAGUAAUCAUUCGAGUAUGAGCUCGCCUGAACGUCCUUUGAGCCUUAAAUCAAGCUUUUCAUCAGAACAAAUAAUCAGAAAAAGAAUGAAUGAAUUAAUAUCUUCAUCUUCGAGGCGAUCUAGCUCCGAUAGUAACUCAGAUAUUGUUCCAUUAAUAAAUUUAAUUCAUCGACCAAAUUUGAGGUCAGAAAGCUAUGAAAACUCUAAAAUUUUAUAUCCAAAUGAAAAUUUCAAAGAAUCACCUCUGUCGUCAUCAGUAAGGACAUUAUUGAGGCACAUUUCCGAUGAAAAGACAAGUAACGAUGAAAUAACGCCAAACUUAACCAGAAAAAAUAUUUUUGGUACGCACAAAAAAUCAAUGGAUGUUGAUCAACGAAUUUACGAAUCCAGUGAUGAUGACUAUUCAUUGCAAAAAUAUGCUAAUAAAUUCACGGACGGAGAAUCUAUAUCAAAUGAAGUUGUUCAUCGUCCAACAAGAAGUAGAUUUACAAGGACUAAAACAAUUAGUGAAACAGAAGUGAAUUCCACUUCUGUGAACAUAAAUACUCAAAUUGAAAUAAAAUCACCAAAACAAAAUGAUACAGGAAUAAUUGAAAAUUUAUUGGACAUUGAUCCAAAAACAACAGAUAAUGGCAAAGUCAAUAAAACUGUGUCAUUAGAUUGCAAUCAAACUAUAACAUCAACAAAUUACGAUUUUAUAAUUGAAUCACAAAAUAAUUGUGAGUUAAAUAAAAGCUCAGAAAUUAAUAAAGCUUCAGAAGAACCAAAAUCAAUAAACUUCACAUCUGAUGUACAAAAAACUUCAAAUAAUAUUGAUAAAGCAAAUGAAAAACGAGAUGAAGUGUUGGCUGAAUCUGAAGGCUUGGUGGUAAUGCUAGAUAAUGAAACCUUAAUCGAGUCAUAUAAGACCCAGACAUGUCAUGAAGAACAAUUACCACAAGAUGGCAAAAACUUGCCCGAAUCAACUCAAGUGCACGAUUCUAUAGAUAUUGUGAUCACAGAAGCAGAAAGUAUAAAUGAGUUAGAAUUGGCACCAUCAGAAGGAUUAUUGAUUGAUUUUAAAGAAAAUGAAGAUGUUGCUCAAUAUGCAGAUGAUGAUAUAUCAAAUGAUGCAAUAGAAUCUGUGCCUCUUAACGAUCCAUCAGAAGAAAAUAUUCCAGAAGUAGUUUCAUGUGCAUCUACAGAUAGUUCAAAACUUAAGAAACAAAUGCCAAAAUUAGCACCAUUAUCACAAAAGAUUCAAAAAGUGAAAAAAUCUAAAAUAUUAAAAAAUUUGACCUCAUUUGAUUCAAUUACUGAUGAUAAAAGACUAUCAACUGAUUCACAAGAAUUGCCAUUAAAAAGGAAAAAAACUUCAAAUUCACGGAGAUGGUCCGAUGAUUCUCAUAAAGUUCUGUCUCAAUCAUUAAAAUCUAUAACAAAUUAUUCAAGGACAAUUAAGACUCGAAGACUUUCUUGCAACAUAGAGAAUUCAUUUAAUGAUCAACAAACAUCUCAGAGAAGAGAAUAUCCUGUUUCAACAACGUCUGAUCACCAGUCAUUGAAUGAUUUAAUGUCUAGUGCAUAUGAUAUUGAGACUAAAUCAAUUGAAUCUGACUCUGACUCGCCGAAAAUAUCUGUUCGACCAAUUUAUCCUUCAGAGUUAUUGUCAGGAGCAACAAAAUUAUUGUCAAUGUCCCAACAAUUGCUUGACGAAUUUGAAAGUGAGCCUGAUCAAAGCCAUAAGAUCAUAAAUUCAUCAAACUCUAAAUUAGAUUUUCAUGACUUAAGAUCACGUGACAAUACCAAAGUAUCAUCAAAACUCGAAAACUUAAGCUUUGCGCAUGAAGAUUAUGGAACAAAAUUUGAUGAAUUGAGUUUUUCGCAUGAAACUAUUCAGCUUAACGAGGAUGAUGUAAGAAUUGAGCAAAAUAAAUUAAAAUCAAAUAUAAAAUCAGGAGAGAAUUCAAUAAAAACAGCACACAAAGAUCAGCAUGUAGUAUCUCCGACUAGGAUGAUAUAUGAUGAAUCUACCCUUAAAGUAUCAAAAUCAUCCAGCAUUGAAAUUGAUAACAAUUAUCAUUCGAAGUUGCAAAAAGGUGAACAAAGAUCCUUCUCAGAGUCUUCAUCAUUGAACAAAACAGCAAAACUAAUUCCUAAGACUCUUAAAGUAACAAAAUCUGUCGAUUCCUUAACUUCUGAAUCCAUAAACUCAUCAAGCAUGCUCGACAUAUCAUCAAAAUGCCUAAAUUUAUCUGAAAAUCACUCAUUUGUCUCCAAAAGUCCAUCAAGACUCACAAAUGUUUUGUUAGAACCAAACACAUGUGACAAUUUACAAAUUAAUAGUCAGGCAGAUGCAGAAACACUUGUUUCAACACAUGUUCAACAUAAUAAUUUUGGUAACAAAUGUACAGGAAUAAUCGAUGAAUUUACCCAAAAGUGGAAAGAAGUUGAAGAUUUGAUUAAAAUGGAAAAAGAAAAAUUAAGCAAUAAGAACAAUGAAGAUGGAGAUACUAAAGUUGAAGAUAUAAAGAACACGGAUGAUACUAUUAACAUCUUGGAAGUGGAAUAUCCUCCAGAAAAUACAAUAACAAUUGACUUUGUUGGAGAUGAAAAUGAAGAAAUUGUAAGCAAAUGCUCAGAAGCUACAGACAAAAACAGCAAAGUUGUCGUUUUGAGAGUUGAAAGCAUAAGCAUGAGCCCGCAAAAAAUUGAUGAAAUAUUGAAUAAAUUUAAUGAAGUUCCAGCAAAGAUUUAUUAUGAAUCAUCAAAAAUCAAAGAUAAUUUAUUAAAACCAGAAGAAGCAACUGAUAAGGAUUCAUUGCAAACUGGCAAUGGAAAGAUAGUAGAAUUAGAAGAUUUUGACGAAGGUGUCCAAAGUACAGCCAAUUUGAGCUUACUAAAAGGUCAAAUUAAUGAAGAAAUUGAAAAAACAAUAGAAAAAGAAGUAAAAACAGUUCAAUCACUUAGAAUAGAAGAAUCAUCGACCACCUCUCAAGUUCAAGCAUUAAGUUCUCAACAAUCUGAAGAGUUUGAUAAUGUAGCUGAUGAAAAUGAUAACUUAGUCAUUGAUAUGAGCGAAGAUUAUGGUUCCAAUACACAAUCAAUAACAGAAACAUCAACAUCCCUUCAACAAAUCCCAGUAAGCGCAACAGAUUCAUCAACAUGUCCUAAACUAGAUCCACUAAUUCAUCAUAAAUCUAAAAAAGCAAAUUCAAAUUGGAUGGCGAUUCCAACAGGUCCAUCAAGCAUAAGAAUCACUAAAACAAGUCUUCCGAAUUUUAAGGAAAGUGAAAAAUUGGUGAAAAGCCGUAGAAAUUCAAUAUUAUCAUUAGAUUCACCAGGAAAUUCGAAAAAGAUUGAAAACAUUCAGAGAAGUUUCAGCUUACAAGAGCCAAUGAUCCCAAAUGAUUUGAAAUCUGAAUCAAAAUAUUCAAUUGGGAAUCGUAAAAAUUCAACUUUAAAUGAACCUCCUGUAAAAGAUAUUUUAGUAAUUUCGAAAGAUCAAGUCGAUGAACGAAACUUAGAAGAUCAAGAUAACUCCAGAAAAUCACAUACUUCUUUAAAACAUCAAAAACCUAAAAUUAAGCACGUCUCAAAAAUCCAUAAAAAAUCACCAUUGCAUUUUAAACACAAAGAUUUUGAACGAACUGUUAAAAAGAACCAAAUUAAAUCAAAAACAGGAAUUCAAUCAAAAGUUAUCGCAAGUUAUGCAUCAAUGGUGAGAAGUCUGAAAAAAAAUGGAGAUGAAAUUAAAGUCGAAGAAAAAUCUUUCAUCAAAGAACAUCCAACAAAGCUUAAAGAAUUUAUCAAAUUAUCGAAAAACUUAAUUGACGAUCCUAAUUUUUUCGAAAGUGGUGUAAAGUGCACUAGAGCAGAGCCUGUGAUGACCAGACUUAGAUCAGUUUCGUUAGACAGCAGAAAAGUUGGAAUUAAUAAUAAAAAAAAUAAUCACUUUCCAAACAGAGAGGCUGAAUGGUAUGUUGAUAGUGAUUUGGAUAGUUUGGACGAUGAUGCUGUAGUUCAGGAGAAAGCUGAAUGUCCUUCAAAGUUAAAAAUUAAUCAAAGCUCAAUUCCUUUACAAGGAUCAAGUCCUUCAACACAACCUGCAACACUUCAAAUUCAACCAUCAAUCCCAAAAUCCCCUCAAAAACCGAAUCAUUCAGUCCAAAUUAUUGACAGUUUUGGAAACAUAAUAUCAAAUUUGGAUAUUUACCGACACACGCUCACUGAAAAAAUUCCAACAGUUGGUCUUCAGAAAAAAUUUGUAUUUAGUGAUGGAUCUGAAGUGAUAAUCGAUGAUGCUGGUAAUAUUAGAAAGAACUCAGCUCCAGAUGUGACUAUUGAGAUUACGGAUAAAAAUAAAGAUCCAGAAAUUAUAGACCUGGAUGAUAUUUCGGAGGAUUUAGAAUAUCAGUCAACUAAGAAUGACACUCAAAAAGAAACAAGAGGUGCCAUUGUCCAUGAAAAUGUUAAGUUUGUUCAUCCAGAUGGAGAUUUAGACCAUUUAUUGACUGAAAAGUUAGAAAUACUUCCAAACCCAAAAUCAUCAGUUUCAAAAAGUAGAUCUGGAUCUGGAUCUGGUAUUUUAAAACCUUGUCAACGCCAAAAUCCAGAAUUUAUGCCAACACAACAAGUUUUGAUUUCGCAAAGUAAAAUUAGUUCACCUCAAAAUGUUCCUAAGUCGCAGAAUAGAGACUUAAUACCACAACCUAUUCUUGGACCAUCCACAGAUCUUCCAGAGUUAUUAAACAAAAGAAAUUCCAAAUCAAACGAGUAUUGUCAAAGAAAAGUUCGGCCAGUAGCUCAAACUGUUACAUCACAAACAGCAAACAUCUCGAUAAGUAGUUCAAAAUCUUUAGCAAAAGAGAUAUUGAUGGAGAAACUUAAAAAGAAGCUGAAGAAGAUGCAGGAAAUAAGACAAAAAUCUAAUCAAGAAUGCACAGUCCAGCAAAAUGCUCCAUUGAGCCUCCAAACUCCACAAGAUAGUUCAGAUGAUGGUGAAUAUGAAAAUUUACCUGAAUUACGAGAGAUUGACGAUUGUCUUACAAACGAUGAGUUACAAUUCAUCCUUGCUAAACGAUUUAAUAGCCAAAUAAAUCCUCAAAAAUCAAUAAGUUGUGAUGAAAUGAUAGCUAAGCUUGAGAACCUAUUAAUCAAAAUAACAGGAACAGAAAAAAAUUUGAACAGAAAUUAUAUUGACCAGCAAGAUUCUAAACCUAGUAAAACUACAGAAUAUGAAGGAACAACGACAUUAUCUGACACAUAUCCAAUUGCCGUAGGAUUCUCAAACGUUAACGAAGUAUUGAAGAAAAUUGCAGAGAAUAUGGAAGAAAAGAACAAUGGAAAAAUGCAAGAGAAAUCCCUACAAAGUGCUUCACAGCAACCUAAAAACAAAAUUGUGAUUCAUCCAACAUACAAUCUACCGAAACCUAGAAAAUAUAGAUCAAAUAAGGAAUCUAUGGUGAGAAUUUUUAGAGUUAGAGACGUGAUAAAUCCAACUGAUAAUUCUCAAAAUACUGAAGUUGAUCUACCUAAGACUAAACAGCAUAUUAUAAUCGUACCAAAAACAAAUCAACUUAAUGUUCCUCAAUUUAUAAAUAUACCCGCUCAAAGCGUGAAUAUGAAUCCAAGAUUAGUACAUCAGUCGGGACUGUCACAACAUACAAGAGCUAAUGAUCAAAAUAAAGCUAAUCCUCAAAUUGAAGGAUCAAAUCGAUACACUUUUAUAGAUCAUGAGGACGAAGUGCUGAUUAUUGAAAAUAAUCCUCCGCAAAUUCUAACUCAGCCUUCAGAAGAUUUACAUUCCGGAUUCAGUGGUCGAAAUUUACAACAACUUAAUCUUAAUCCUCAACUAUUUAGUCAAGAUCAACAGAGACAAAUUCAAAAGGAUAGUAAUAUUCUUUGGCCAAAUCAAAGCAUUCAAACUAGUGACUCAUCAAGUCAACAAUCAUUAAAAAGCCUUAAUGAUCUAUACAUCAAUACAACUACUCAAGCAACAAAAAUUGUGCCUCAGCAUAUUCAAAACAAGACUCAGAACGUUCAAAUAACUCAAUGUUCACAGAAAGUAAUGCCUCACAUGAUUUAUCAAAAUGCAGGAUCAAGUCAGAGAUAUCACAGUCAAGUGAACAUAAGUUGUGAAUCUCAAGCAAAAGAUAACAUAAAUCAAGUAAAGUCAAGUCUGAAUCCAAUGAAUGAAAUCAUGAAUCAAGGAACUAAAAGAGUCAAUAUUUUUCCACAAACACAUUCAUUAAACCAGAGUUUUCAUCAAGAAUUUCAAUCUCAGUCAUAUUUUAUUCAGGAGACCAAAAGCAUUGAAAACGUAACUUCAAAAUCCAGUAAUGACAAAUGUCCAGGCCUCAAAGUUCUUUCAAGUGAGUCUCUUAAUAGAAAAUUCGACAUGAUGAAUACAGAUCAGCAUCAAAGCAUACCUCAACCAAGUGCCAAUAUGCAUAAUGUUAAUGCUACAUGCUCAUACACCAAAGAAACUCCAGGACAGACAAACAAAAUUCAAGUUAAUUCAAACAAAAUUCCUCAACCACUUCAACCUCCAGACAGUAUGUGCUUCAGCCAAUCAUUAAAAGCAAUUGCUGAAAAAGUUCAAAGUAAAGAUAUCCUUAAUCUUGCAUCUUUGAUUGGUGAUCAAGCAGAGGAUGUAAUAGUUCUCGAUGAAAGCUUAGAAGAUGAACAAAGUGAAGCUGUUAAUGUUAACAAUAAUGCAACGAUUCCUCGAUUAAUACCCUUACAUGAUGUUAUGCCAGCUCAGAUGGAACCGGAAAGAAGCUCUCAUCAGAAGCUAUCUAAAGUUGAGUCACAGAAAGUCAAUAAAGUUCAUAAACAAUUCCACCAAGAGAGGAUUCAUCGACCAGUCCCAUCACAAGCUAUUCUGCCAAAAAGUAAAGAAAAAUUCAGCGAUGACUCUUUAUUAAAUGAGCGAAGAUCACUUGAAGCUGCUCCUUUUGUUAAUGUUGAUCUAUCUGAUAUUUUAAAUGAUGCAGCUCAAGUGAAAAAAGAACCAGUUUCUGUAAAGAAAAAGCGUGGAAGACCACCCAAAAAUGGAAUUCGAGCAAACCAACAUUUCAAAAAAGUAAAGACGAUGAAAAGAAAAAGAGGAAGGAAAUUAGGUUUUAGAUUCGUAAAAGAUAAUCUUUCAAAGGUUAUUGACAAAAAACAUUUGCAAGACAUAAGUUUGACGGAUCAAUCGAUUAGUGCACAUAAAAUGAAUAAGCAAAGCAAAACCAAGUUCAAAUAUAGAGGACAUGAUAACAAAUUAAAUCAUGCUGAGGACCUUUCAUCUUUUAGCUCAUCUUUGCAACCAAUAAUCAGCGAAAAUGUGAAAAAUGAAACAGAAUUUCAUGUUGACUGCAAUCAGCAAGAAGAAAAAAUAUCAAAAAGCCUUUCAAGCAAUGAUUCAACUGUACUUGCUAAGGUCGUUCAAAUUAAAGAGCUAGACAGCAUAAGCAGAGCUGGUUCUCUUGCUGAGACUGAACAUCUUACAGACACUGAUCAAGAAGACGUUUACAAUCAUGAAGAAGUUAUUCGUGUGAUUAAUUCAACAGUUUGUAAAGCAUCAACGUUUGUUCAACAGACAUUCGAUCAAUCAAAGAAAGAACAGCUUUUGGAAACAAGCCAUGAACAUAUCGGAAUCAAGUUUAAAGAAAAUGAACAGAUUGGCAAGCCUGAUUUAGAUGAAUAUUCAAAAACAGAUGGCUAUGCAGGAAAUGAUAUGUUAAAAGUUCCUAUUACUGUCCAUAAACCAAACAAGUCUGAUUCUAUCACAAGAUCAUGCGAACUGUUUGGCAUCGAAGAUCAAAAUGAAGAAGCCGAUCGAUUCCCAACCGUAUGCCAAUCGGAAUAUCCGUUUGAUGAUUUUGAUCAGAACAACUUAUCAGACAACGAAGAUAUAACACCAUUCUAUCCAAAAUUUCCUGAAGUUAGUGUAGCUCUCGAGAGACUAACAGAUGAAGAGAUUGCAUUGGCCAUGAGCAGUAUCAAAAGAUUAGAAUCGUCAUCAAUUUACCGAAAUUUUGCCAACACUUAUUCAAAAAUUCUUGACUCCAAAGGAAUUUCUGAAGGACGUUCUCAAGAUGGAAUUAAAUUUAGAAAACGGACGGCAAGUAUUGAUGAAGAACUUUUAAUCCCAAAAAGAUCACAAAUUGCAACAAAAUCAACAUUCUCAUCAACUGCAGUCAAAACAACGACCAACAUUGAAAAUUGCUUACAAAAUAAAAGAAAAAAUGAAUCAAGUUCUGAAGAUUCUGACAGCAGUAGCAGUCAGUACAUCAAAAGACAUCGCAUUGAACCUAAUCAUUAUUUUGAAGACUUAGACUAUUCGCCACCUGGAACAUCAAAUAAGAAGCCAGAACUUCGAAAUACUCACCAAAUUGUCAGACCAUCUGAUUUAGAUAAAUUUUGUAAUCGAGAUUCUGAUGAUGAUGAUGAUGAUGAGGAAGAAGAUGAAGAAAUGGACAACUAUGGAAGUAGCGAAUAUGGAACAAGAAUCCCGACUGUCUCUCGAAUGUCACAGCGACAAUACAAAAAUUAUUUAUCGACAAUCAGAACUAAUGAGAAUGCUGAAAGUUCAACUCAAAUGUAUAUUGAAGUUUCAGAUGAAGAAACAGAAGUUGAUACUUAUUCAUUGUCGGACGAUGAAAAGAUACUAAAAAUGCCAAUUGUGAACAAAACCAAUUUAAUACCAAAGGAGAAAUCGAUUCUGUUAAAGAAAGGCAAAAAGGAUGAAUCUAGGAAAGUUUCAUUUUACAAUUCUGUUUUUGUGAGGACUUUCCUGUCUGAGGAUGAAUGAAGGAAAAGAACUAAAGUUUGAGAUUAUAACAAUUAAGAUAAUCAUCGAUUAGCAUAACCUCAAUUUGGCUGGCCAAAUUUUUCAAACAAAUUCAUCAUUUUUAAAUUAAACUUCUAAAGCAAAACGGAAUGAAUUCAAUUUGUAUGAGAUUUUUCAGGUUUUAAACCUUUUUAAACUGUAAAUAUUUUUGUAUAAAAAACCAAAACAAUUUGUGCUAAAAUAUCAAUUUGUUGAUGUAAACUUUUAGUAAUGAAAAGCAAUAAUUUUAAUCUAUUAAGUUUAUGGUUUAAAAAAAUAAAUUUAAGAAAAUUUUAAAAUAUUUAAACUUUAACUUUUAAACUUUAAAAAGUCUAAGAUUCAUCUUUUUAAAGUUCAACGUUUUUAAAAUAUAAGAGAUAAAAUUCAUCACGGAAAAUUAGAAAUUAAAAUUUACAUUUUAAAAAUUUAUAGAUAUUUAAGAAACAAUGACGAGUAAAUUGAGUGAGAUUUUAAUGAAUAAAUGAAAUUUUAUGUCCCAUUAAUUCUUUAAAAAACCAAAUUAAUGUGAUUAAAAAAUUAUAAAUUUUGUUUCAUUUAUAAUUUUUUAAAAGUCUUUUAAUUCACUAAUGAUACUGUAAAAUGGAACUAAAGAAGAAAUUUAUUUUUAUAUUUCAGUAAUAAGCAUAACGUUUAAAUGUUAAAAACAAAUAAAUUGUAAAUACUAG